AUGCUUGCUAAAAUCAGAGAGGAGUUCGGAGUAGAGACGCUGCUCGCUGCUCCACGAGAUGUGCAUCUCAUCCUCCUUAUGAGAUGCCUCCGCAUGUUUGCCUACGGAUCGACCACAUUGGUCCUGGCCCUCCACCUUUCCGCCCUCCACAACUCGGACACCCUCAUUGGAGUUUUCAUGUCACUGACACUCGUUGGCGACGUCUUCAUCUCCUUGCUUCUCACCUUUGUCGCCGAUUCCCUGGGUCGACGCAAGAUCAUUCUUCUGGGAUCGAUGACCAUGGCGCUCAGUGGUGUUGUCUUUGCGACCCAGACUCGCUUUUCCAUUCUUCUGGUUGCUGCAGUCAUCGGUGUGAUCUCGCCAAGCGGUAACGAGAUUGGUCCCUUCCGUGCAGUCGAAGAAUCUACCCUCGCUCACUUGACUCCUGCUGCUCAGCGCAGUGAUGUUUUUGCUUGGUAUGUUGUUGUCGGCACUUUCGGCACCAGUAUCGGCGCCCUGCUGGCUGGAUGGCUGGCCACGAGCCUGGGAGCCGCUGAGGGAAAUGCUUUGGGCAGCUAUCAAGUAAUCUUCUGGUUGUACGCGUUACUAGGCUGUGCCAAAGCUGGUAUCUCAUUGCUCCUCAGCGAUGCUUGCGAACUCGAGGCUGUGGCGCAGAAGCCCAGUGCUGAAGUCGGUGAUGCCGAAGAAGCAGAGACCUUCAUUCAACAGCCUCGGUCGAAUGCUUCAACGCCGAAACCAUCAAGCAAAUGGGCAUUCACUCAAAUCAGUCCUUCCUCUCGUAAAACACUUCUCAAACUUGCAGGUCUAUUCAGCAUUGACAGCCUGGCUUCUGGAAUGGCAUCCAUAUCUUUGACUACCUACUUCUUAGCCACAAAGUUCGGCUCGGCACCCUCAUCUCUGGGCACGAUUAUGGCCUUUGCUUCUCUCAUGUCGAGCAUUGGCAAUAUUGCUGCAUCCAGUGUCUCCAAACGUAUCGGGUUCAUCUACACCAUGGUGUUCACGCACUUGCCUUCCGCCAUUUUCCUUGCCAUGAUGCCGGCACCGCACUCUCUAGCUUUGACGGUCUUCUUCAUUGUUGCGAGGGCGACGUUGGCAUCAAUGGACCAAGCGCCCAAAGCUGCAUUCUUGUCUGCAGUCGUGCUGCCAGCUGAGCGUACGGCUGUGAUGGGCACAUUGAACACCGUCAAGACGGCAGCACAGAGCGCAGGCCCAUUGCUCACAGGUGCUCUUGCGCAGAACAAACACUUUGGUGUUGCGUUUGUCAUGGCUGGAUGCAUGAAGGCGGGAUACGAUCUGGGGCUUUUGCAUUGGUUCGCUGAGAGCAAAAUGAGAGGAAGCUCUGCUGAUGAUGCUAGGGAUAGAGCAAGGCAGGAAGAGGAUGAGGAAGGGCAGGAGCUUAGAUGA